AUGGAAUUUCUGGACGUACUAACAAUACUUCUCGACCUCCCGAUUCCAUUAGCCAUCGUGCUUGAUAUCCUGCUCAUCUUCACCUUCACAAGAUCGCGAGAACUGUGCCCAGUGUUCGCGUGGUGCAUUAAUAACAUAUUCCUCACCCAUAUGGCAAUCUAUAUCUGCGAAAUUGUCAUUCGACUACCAGCUUUAUUUGGCUUUUUUCUGCCGUUCUUUAAAGCAAAUCAGCAGGUUGUUGGAAAGAUUUUCUUCAUUGUAAUGGCCGUAUGGCAUCCACAAUGUGCUUAUUGGAAUUGCGUAAUGGCCGUUUCGCGGCUAUGGUCGAUUCUUUCGAGUUUUACCUUCAAAAAGUUCUGGACCCAAAAAGUUCGUUGGGUCACGACAGCGAUCAUCUGGGCUGUUAACCUCGCGAUGACCGUGCAUAUUAUUGUAAAUGUCGAUUGCCGAUACUGGGUUAUGGGCGAAAACUCGAUUUCAUUCGGCACAGUAACCCCGAAUAUUAUCACGACCCUAUAUUCCACCUAUCCCCCGAAUAUUGCGCUUAUUUUGGCAAUGUUAUGCUAUGCGUGGCUGUCAUUGGCCCUAUCUCGAAUGAAGACAAUCCCCUCAAAGGUGGCCCGCCAGACGGUUAUUGCCCAAUUUCUCAUCAACCUUCGU